AUGGAACUACGAAACCGAACUCGUCGUCAGGUGGAUGGUAUUAGCGAUUACGAAUAUGGUGACAGUGAUGAUGAUCUGUAUGUUAGUUUUGAAACACCAUCUUCCCGUAAUUCUUCAUCAAUUUACAACAGUAUUAACACCCCCGCCAUGGCAGCCAGAUCACUCUUAGAAAGUGUUAAACAUUCAGAUAAUUACAUUUGCAUUGAGAUAGCCCAAAUUGUUUUACAGCCUUCAGAUAUCCAAUUGUCCACUCUGAAAUUGCAAGACAUGGUUAAGCCAAACUUAGAAAUUGCGUUUAAUUUGGAUCAAGUGGCGAAGUUUCGGUUUAGUGAUGUAACAGGUCAAAAGGAGAUAUUACUAGAUAUGAAAAAAGGAUUUAAAAAAGAAUUUUACGAAUUUCCUCUUAAGUGUCUGGAUGUUAGGCUUCAAAAUCCUGUUGAUCCAAGUCGUGGAAAGUUGGACGAUGCGACUACUAUUAUAUUCAAAAUAUAUAAAGACGUUGAUAAUAGUUUAAUAGUUAAGUUAAUCAACCACAUUAAACAAUGGAAAUCGACCAAUGUAAAGGGAUCAUUUAUCAAAUCUGCACGAGAUGACCUUAGUGAAAAACCAGCAAUACGAUCCAAUAAUAGAAUAACAGCACUUGAAAACAAUGGAAAUGAUGAGUCUCAAGUUCAUAACAAUAAUCAUGUUAAUGAUGGUAUUACCGAUUGGAUAGAAAGUAAAGAAAAACUUUGGACAAAUGAUGAUAUUAAUCAAGUUGCUAAUUCCACUGUGCAACCUGAAAAAAGAAAUUCAUUAAAAACUUCUAAACAUUCCAACAGUGAUUCAGAG